GAUGACCUCUAUAGCAAAGACCGUAGUACUCAUCACCGGCGCAAACAGCGGCAUCGGUUUCGAGCUCGCCGCCCAACUCCUCCAGAAAGGAACGUAUCACGUACUGGUCGGUUCACGAUCCACUCGGAAGGGCGCACUCGCUCUCAAAGACCUUCAAUCGCGCAACUACCCCGGAACUGUCGAGCUACUACCCCUCGACGUUACUGAUGACAAUACGAUCAGUGACGUAGCUUCUACAGUGGAAAGUCAACAUGGGAAGCUUGACAUUCUUGUCAACAACGCUGCCGUUGCCAUACCCCCGGGAAAUGAUCGCGAACAACUCCGUCUUGCAUUUGACACUAACGCAACCGGGCCGUGGGUGUUGACCAAAACUCUCUUGCCGCUACUUCAGAAGUCAACCAGUGCACGCAUCAUCAAUAUCUCCUCUGGUGUAGGAAGCAUUGGAAGAAAGCUGGAUCCCGCGAAUCCUAUGCACAAAUUGUCGGCGGUCCAGUACCGGGCAAGUAAGGCGGCCCUGAACAUGGUCACUGCAUGUCAGUAUGUCGAAUAUGGCGCACUUGGCAUCAAGGUGGCCCUGUAUGACCCUGGUUUUACAGUGAGCAAUUUGAGCGAGAAUAACAGGGCGGAGAAGGGCGCAAGAAGUGCAGAGAAGACUGUACAGAGUCUGAUGGAGGUGGUCGAGGGGAAGAGAGAUGCUGAGGCGCCAGCCUUCCUCCACAAUACCGGUGCCUACGAAUGGUGA